AGUGCUGGAGAUGCUGUAGCUCACACAACCGCUAGAAGACAAACGCAGUAGUCCUCCCACCUUACCGAAGCUCCUGAGUGCAGCCCAAGGAACAGGAACUAUAUUUAAUAAACCGAUGAAUGGGACUUUGCCCCGCGCAGGAUCCUGAGCCUGACUCUGUGUGGAAGUGGGGCGCAUAACUGGACAGAAGGACAGUCUUUUCUUUCAGUUAAACCCGAGGUGGAAAAGACGCAGCAAUGACAGAGCAGCAGUCGUGCGCAGCGGCGAAAUAGACCAACUAUUGUGGGGACGGAAGAUUGAUAACACAACUGGGCGAGCAACGAGAGCGGCAGAUGUAAUUUCCAAACGUUGCAGGUUUGGUUUGGUGCCAGUGGUGUGCUGGAUGGGUUAUUAUUGCGUUCUCCUUUUCAUCAUUCACUGCGUCCAGCGUUUCCAGAUUACUUGGGGAUCCGGACGGCUGUUGUGAGGGAGUAUUGCUGCAGAGACUAACGGGGAAUGCCAUGUGUCGUUGCGCGACAUAGAAGCUCUUUGUGGAUUGUUUUGCACCGGGGACAGGUGGUGCCGUCUCUCUCUCUCUCUCUCUCUCUCUCUCUCUCUCUCUCUGUGCGUGUGUGUGUGUGUGUGUGUGUGACUAGCAGGGGGGCACGGACACACAACCCCUGAGACAGUUGUCUUAGGGAUGUCAGGCCGGCGCACGGGAUCAGUUUUUGCCAGAGACAGGUGCGACAGGGAGGAGUAGUUUACAAAGCCCCACACAGGAUCUGGUAACGCACUAACGAGCCUCCUCUCUCCUCUGAUCACUCUCGGAUUUUUUUGUAUCCAGCGGGAUUCACAGUCGACUCAUACUGUCGUUGUCUCGCCGGCACCUUUCCCCAGAUAACCAGAGACUCCGCCGCUGUGUUGCCAUGGCGACCAUGGCCCCUCCCUCCUUCUUCCUGCUGUGUUGGCUGCUCCGAUCGGCCAGCUCGGCAUUCCCAGAGGAGCCGGGGCCCCUCAACUUCAUCCCGACUGAAGUGGUGAGAAGACACCCAGUGUUUCUGGGCCGGCCCCACCGAACAUGGCUGAGACAAGAGCCUCUACACAUCCAGAGGAUCCUCCAAGUCAAUCGGACACUCUACAUUGGAGCCAGGGAUGACCUUUUCCGUGUGGAGUUGGACAUUGUUGCAGGAGAUGAGAUGUUCUACAGCAAGAAAAGAACAUGGGAGUCGAACAAGAAUGACAUCAGGAUCUGCAGGAUGAAGGGCAAGCACGAGGAUGAAUGCCGUAAUUUCAUGAAGGUGCUGCUCAGCAGACAAGGUGGCUUGUUUGUGUGCGGGACCAACGCCUUCAACCCGCUAUGUGCCAACUAUACUGGUGACACUCUAGAGAUGGUAGGAGACACCGUCAGUGGUAUGGCGAGAUGCCCCUAUGACCCCAAACACGCCAAUGUAGCUCUGUUUGCAGAGGGGAAUCUGUUUACAGCCACAGUGACAGACUUCUUGGCCAUUGAUGCGGUGAUCUAUCGUAGCCUUGGGAACAGUCCUGCUCUGCGCACCGUCAAGCAUGACUCGAAGUGGUUCAGAGAGCCGUAUUUUGUCAGCACUGUGGAGUGGGGUCCUCACAUCUACUUCUUCUUCAGAGAAAUAGCCAUGGAGUUCAAUUACCUGGAGAAGGUGGUUGUGUCACGUGUGGCGCGGGUGUGUAAACGUGAUCAGGGUGGGUCUCAGCGCGUCCUGGAGAAGCAGUGGACGUCGUUCCUGAAGGCCCGUCUGAACUGCUCCGUCCCUGGUGAUUCCCACUUCUACUUUAACCUGCUCCACUCUACCAGUCCCAUCAUCAGGAUGCACGGCAGGGACAUAAUCCUGGGGGUGUUCUCCACACCGGCUAACAGUAUCCCAGGUUCGGCGGUGUGUGCCUUUGACAUGGAGCAGCUUGCUGCGGUGUUUGAUGGGAGGUUCAAGGAGCAGAAAUCACCCGAGUCUAUUUGGACACCUGUUCCAGAUGAAGUCAUCCCAAAGCCAAGACCCGGUGGCUGUGCUGUUCAAGGUACCAGGUUUAAUUCCUCAAACUCGUUCCCUGAUGAGAUGCUCAACUUCGUCAAGACCCAUCCUCUGAUGGAUGAAGCCGUCCCAUCACUUGGACAAAGACCCUGGAUAGUCAGAACCAUGGUCAGGUACCAGCUGAAUAAAAUUGUGGUGGAUACAGAAGCCGGGCCUCAUCGAAACCGGACUGUCCUGUUCCUCGGGUCGAGCAGAGGGACCAUCCUCAAGUUCCUCAUCAUGCCCAACCAGGACAACACCGUCACCAACAGCAACAUCUUCCUGGAGGAACUGGAGGGAUUCAACCCUGAUAAGUGUGCUGAAGACUCUCCGCAGGCCAGGCAGCUGUUGUCUCUGACUCUGGACCGGGCGAGCCACACUCUGCUCCUCGCCUUCCCCUCCUGUGUGGUCAGAGUACCAGUGGCACGAUGCCAGCUCUACUCCCGAUGCAUGAAGAACUGUAUCGCCUCCAGGGAUCCUUACUGUGGAUGGACCAGAGGAAGCACCUGCUCUUUCCUCAGACCCGGAACCAGACUGCCGUUCGAGCAAGAUGUUGAACAGGGAAAUGUGGCCCACUUGGGUGACUGUGACGGAAUGCUGCUCCAAGAGAGUUUCAUCGAGGAACCUGAUGGCCUGGUGUCUGUAAACCUGCUGGUGGUUUCUGCUGUUUCAGCCUUCGCAACAGGAGCCAUUCUCUCUGGCCUCACUGUCUGCUGGAUCAUGAGUCACCGUCACCGCCACUCUCGAGGCUCUGGGGCCAAUGGCGCCCGCCGCAAAAGUGACAAAGAGCAGAGCAUGCUGGGGCAGGGCCGCAGCGGGUCAGUAAUGAGCGUAACAAGAACCAGUGGCGGUGAGAGGCGUCGUUCACAGGCAGACAAUCCCUUUGUCACGCCCAACGGUUGGCCUAAAGGAGAGAUGGACCCAGGCUUGCUGCCUACCCCGGAGCAGACCCCGCUGCAGCAGAAACGGGCCAUGCGUCUCCCAGACACCGACUGGGACCAGAGCCAGACUUUCCUCACUGCUGUGGGGACACCCUGCCCCAACAACUCUGUCAUCUACCUGAGCUCCAAGUUCCUGCAUGGAAGUGGAGGGGGUGGAGGGAUGGUCCGGAUAGAGGACCCAGGGGAGGUCGUGCUGCCCCCGCACACAGAGCGCCAGCGCUACCUGAUCCUAGCCACCCAGAGAGGCGAGCACGGUUGCAGUCGUCCCAGCGGCACCCUGAGGAACUCAGCGGGAGAAUACAUCUACCCCGCCACGCCGCAGGACUCCCCCGACCGACGGAGGGUGGUUUCUGCUCCCACUCCCCACAUGGACUAUGGGGAGCCUCGCUGGAGUCAUGAGGCACUCAACUACAACAGCAACAAUGGAGCACCUUAUCACCCCCAGCGUCAGGGCCUCAUCAGGCCAGAUAUGCAUGGGCCUCGAGGGCUGGGAGAACUGGCUGACUUCAGCCAUCUUCUAGGGAAGAACAUGGGAGAGCGCACCCCCAGUGGCCAGUGAGGUGAAGUACAUGAGCCCUGUCACCAAGCUCUCUCUGAACACCCAUUCCCUCCUACAGCAGACUGGAAUAAAUCAACCCCUCAGACUCACUGUCCCGGUCCAACCUUACCCUGUCUGUCCUCUCUCACUGUCAUUCAAUGUUCUGACGUCAUUCAGCUGACUGAAGAGAGAGUGAGAGAAAAGAAACAAAGAGAGAGUUGAAAAAGAGGAGAAAAGUCUCCUCACGUCUCACGUUCCUCUGCUCUUAAUCUGAGGUGCACCCCUCUGCUCUGUAAGUGGUAUGACCAGCAGAGCUUGACUUUGACACCACAGGAUAAACAGUAAUGUAAAGAAAGGGGUGCAAAGGAAAGAGAAUCUUCUCAAAGGAACAUAUGGGGAUAAAAAAAAAAAACUAUUUCGCUUGCAGCGCCAAAUGUGAAACGUCUCCCUCCACCAUUUUGUUCACUGUUUUGACACCAUGGAUCUUCUUUGAGUGUGAAAUUUUGUUUCUGCUUUUGUUUUUUUUGUGCCAGCGGCAUCCAGCAGACAACAAUGUGCUUUACUAUGGAUUUCAGAUUAAACUAAAACUGUUGUAGCCGUGCCAGAGGGCAGUGACUCUCAAUGAAUCAUGCAGUGUGUGUAUGUGAUUGUGUGAAUAUGAGUGGCCACAACAACCCCAACCAGUGUCCUGUCUUAACUGUGAAGUAUAACUAUAUAAGGAAGUUUCUUUAAGGAGGAGGUUGAUGUUAAUAUUAUUUUCCCUUUUUAUAAACAAAUGGAAACAUUUUUUUAUGUGUCUCCUUGAAGCUCUGUAUGUUUAGCAAUCAGAGGUUUGGAUGGUUGACCAGUGGCUAGUGAAGGGUUGAGACUCCCAUUGUAAUUUGUGUGAUUUCCAGUACCUCAGAAGCAGUACUGGACAGAACCAUUAUGAAAUGAAAGAAAGCAAUAAUAAGCAAGAAACACAUAAGGACGAAGAUAAAGCCAAUUAAAUUUGAUAUUUUAUAAUAUCACUGUUUUCUCAGCAAAACAAACUGAAGUUUAGAGUUGUGAGAAGAAGCUGGGUACUGGGGAAAAGGAACAAUAUCUCCCCUCCAUUCUUCCCUCCCUAGCUGCCUCUCAGUAUGCCUGGGUCUGUCUGACCUGACCUGAGGCCCCCUUGGGCUCUGCAGUCCAUUUGAAGGAGGGAAUGUGAGCUGUGGCUGUCUGGCCGUCUGACUGGGGCUGUGAGGCCCGGCCACUUGGGAGCUCCAUUCAGCCUCUUCUGCCGACACUGAGCCUCUUUGUGCCCCAGAAGCAGGAGGAGACUGCGGCAACAAAUAGCCGUUAAGAGUCAGGGACCUAGCCCAGCAGCGCAGCCUAGCAGAAUAUCAAUGAGGAGGACAGCACCUCCAUCCGUCAUGUGAGAUGUACCAACCAGGACCAGGCAUCUCUUAUGCUUCACCCACUGUGGUGAUUCACUGGUUUGCCAGGACAGGGAGGAGCUGAGGGCUGAAGCUGGGGCUGAGGCUGGGGCUGAGGCCAGGGUUGGGGCACUGCUAACUGUCACAAUGGUCAUCCCUUGUGGCUUUAUCUCUUUCUGUCUUUCAGUGUGUUUCACACAACAAAAGCGGGAUAAAGAAAACAGAUGGGCAUGGGUAUACUUGGGUGUGGAGUUUCACUCUGUUGUCUGGUCUUUUGAUGUUUUCUGUUUUUGUCUGUUCUCAUCUGUUCCUGAUUUAAAUGUAGAUCCAGAGAUAGCUUUAGUUCAUCUGGGUCGUGGUGUGGUAGAGGUGCUGUUUUUGUGUACGUCAGUCUAUCGGCUUGUGUGUGUGAGUCUCUCUGGGUUUGUGUCCAUGAAUGUGUUACUCAUAUUGAGUGCAAAAAACAGCGUUGAUCAAUUUUACUCUCAUUCUCACCUUUCUUCUUAUUUUAAUACCUGUUCCUUUUUCUAUUGAGCCAUUAAUGUUGUGGAGCAGCCCUUUACUUGACAUUCACAAAUCCGUGCUAACAUUGUCGGAGCCCUGAGUGGGAGUAGUGUAUGCUAUACAAUAUAUUUAAACCAUUUUACUUUACACAAAGAACUACAGCUAAAAUGGAGAAGCUGGGCUCUGCUUAGCUGAAUACUGGGGCUGGGCAUCAUUUGAAAUGUUUUGAUACUAGUGCCGAUAUGACAGUUUUUGAAACAAAUUAAAGAAUAUGGUUUAAAUAUACAUGUUUUUCCACAAAACCAUAUUUUCAAUUUGAAGCAAUAUGGAGCUUUAUAGCGUCUUUUAGCUCAUUGUUUUCGUUUUCAGGUCUGCAACUUAAUUGGUUUGGUUCACUCUCACCGCUCUCAUUAGUGUUGUUUUUGGUUUCAGCUAGCAGCGGUUUUCAGCUUAAAAAAUAUUUAAAAACUAUACGCUACUUGGGCAGCACCAAAUGGCAGGCAGACAAAGUUAGCAACUAGCUGGUGAACAUAGUGUAGCACUGAGCAGCUAAAGAACGAAGAUAUUGCCCUCAGGAGUUGGUGGAGCCCAAAAACAGAGCUGAAAGGAGAGUGAGUAUUAGACAGCUGACAGUUUUCACCACUCAGUGCUACGGACACAUCUCAGUUGGCACCAAAAAAGCAUUGAGGUUCAACACCCAGCCCUAAAAAAAUACACAGCCAGAGCUGGAGGUACUGCAUGAGACAAGCCAGUGAAAGAGAUUAAUGAAAGCAAGGACAGAGGAGGAGGUCAGGCGGGCGAACAUGAUGUUACUGCAUUACCGCCUCACCACAUUAGUACAGUGUAUUCUUUUCACAUUCCACCCUGAAACAGGUCAUUAGUAUUGAGGAUACGGAGCCCUCCACCAGCCCAGCCCCUCAUCUCUCCAUCUCCAUCUCUGCUGUGACCUGAGUGCUGCUUGUCUUUGUAUGUGUGUGUGAAUGAGGCCUCUCUUUCUCGACCGGCUUGCCCAGCCAGCCAUGUCCUCGCUCUGCAUCUCCUCCGGUGUUUCACUAAACAUGCUUGAUUAGGCAAAGUACAUUCCCAGCCCUCUAAUGGCCUGAUGAGCCCUUGAGAAGAUUACUACAGACACAUCAGCCCUGAGAGGAAGGUGUAUGUUCAACCAGCUCUUUAGCCCUCCACUAACCACCAGCCACACACACACUGACAUGCAUACACACAAAUACUGUCGGCCCUUUAACCAAAUUUGGGAUGCAAUUGAAUUAAGAUCAGAAGUAGAGCUCAGGCUUGAAAUAGGCCGACACUGACUGGUUCUAGUAAAGGUACUGUACACGAUGUUAUCUUACUGACGGCAUAAUUUGAUUACCUUAGUUCAACAUUACAAAGUAGCUGAAGAAUUCAGGUGUAACCUCAUGGAAGUCAGUCUGUUUAUUACAGCAUAAAUCUUCCUCCCUCUUCUUUACAUACUUCAUGUCAUUCCCAUUCCUUCUCUUUCAACAGAUGCACUUUGUCUUCUUCUUUCAAGUUCCUUUUUAUUGUUAACAGACACACUAUCUCUCUGCGCACACACACAAACACACAUACACACACACGUACGUAACAUCUCUACCAAAUGUAAGAUGGUGCUUUCGUCCUGUUUGUCACUAUUAAAGGUUAGCUGGUUAAUUUAAUGAGUCGGUGACAGAAACAGAAAUCAAAGGAACUCAAAAUCACGCUUUAUUUCACAUCAAAUCCUUAAUGUGUUACAAUUCACAAUUACAAUUACAUUUUCAAAGCCUCUCAUGCGGGAAAUUGCUUUCCUAUGCUUAGAAAUGAUUUUGUUUGGAGUUUUUUUUGUUAAAUGUAGCACAUAUUGCCUUCAGUCCUACACACACACACACACACACACACACACACACACACACCCACACACAUACACAUUCUCCCUCUUUAUCUCUAUCCUGCACAUAUCAACGCACACACACAUGAAAUUCCCACCCAGCACUUGUGACCGAGUCUGUCUGACGUUUUUUCUUAUUUAUCAUGUUGUGUCUGUGUGCUUGUUAAAGAGACCAUGUCUUUGUGUGUUGGGGUUGUUUGUGCCGUGUGGCCCCAGUGAUGCGAUGCCCCCCAGCCAAUAACUGCCAUCUUGCCCUACAGUGCUACACUGUACUAUGUGCUCUAUGCCCUAGAAAACAAAGGCUAACUUAUAUUAAAUCCACCAUCGCAACUGGGAGUAGUGACAUGAAACUGCUCCCUUCCAAGCAAACAUAUGAGAUAAAAAAGCACAAAAACAAGGCGAAAACAAAAUCAACAUUUGCAUUUCUGUAAAGCUGUAGAUGUAUUUAGUCAGCACUGAUCAUUUUUGUCAUGUUUGUUUUUCUAUAGUUUGUUUCUGUGGUAGAUAUUUGGUUUGAAAUUACAUGGAAUAUUAUUGUAUAUGAUUUCAAUUUCAAUUCUCUGUUGUGCCAGAUUUGAUGACGACAAUGAAGAUUAACCUGAUGACUAUCAUGAUUAUUAUUAUAUUGACAGUGACAAUGAAGCAGUACUGUGAGCAGCACUGAGGUGUUGUGCCCUGUUUGGAUGCUGAAUCUGAAAGGAAAUGGUAGAAGAAGAAGAGGAGGAGGAAGAGGAAGAGUGAAUGAACUUAUACAGGCUGAGGUUCAAAAAGAGAUUCUGCUUUUUUCCUGCGGAGUGGAGUCUCCUGCCACUGUGAAGGACCCCGCCGUCCUGUGGCUCUCACCAGAGGCUGGCCCCCCCGUUGCCCCGGGGCCCUUGGGGCAGGCUGUCAUCAGAUGACAACACAUGUCCCUACUACGUGUACAUAACCUUGAUGCUUACAUGUAAUUUAAGUGCAGUAGCUGCAUGACGACACGGCCUCUGUGUGUGUACAGAAGUAGCGACGUGUGAAUUUGUACAGUACAUGCAAGUGUGUGUGCUUGUGUCCGCGAAGAAAUCUGUCUGUCGUCACGCAAAAAGCAACACGUGCAUGCACCCUCCGACAACUGCACAGUACACACACACACUACACACAAACUAAACACGCACACGCAAACACACUCCAGCAGUUGUUCACCAUUCUCCACAUUGUCCUGAGCUCUGCCUGUCACUCCGCAUGGAGACUUUGCUCUAUGUCAACUUUCUUAUUCUAAUAAACCACUCAGACAUUGA